AAGCGAAAGUGAAAUUGUUUCUUUCCUCCCGUGACCCUCGUCGAAAAGGAUGUCGUUUUCAUUUAUGAUAUAAUGAUAGCUUUGUCUGAUUUUAAUUCAUGAUGGACAUUCUUACCUGUAUUUUAAGACCACUUCUUAUUAUGUUGGUCGCUGAUGGGUUGACUGUGCACGGUCCCUCUGGUCCUCUGGUUGCUCCUCUGGGAUCUUCAGUGGUUUUGCCCUGUUAUGUUGAUGAACUCUUACUAAUGAAGGAUCUGGAGGUAGAAUGGAGAAGAACAGACUCAGAGACUCUGGUUCAUGUGUAUAAAGAUGGUAAGAGUCGACCAGCGUCCCGGCAUCAGGAUUAUCAUGAUAGAGCUCAUUUCUUUACUGAUCAGAUUCAACAUGGAAACUACUCCCUCCGUCUGGACAAUCUGACAGCUGAAGAUGAGGGAAAAUACACCUGUAAAGUUUACAGUCAGAAGGAUUCUGGAGAAACUGUGGUUCAAAUAAAGCAUGAGCGUUUGCUAGUGUCUGGAUCUGAUCGGUCAGUUUAUGCAUCUGUGGGUGAGGACGUCACUCUGAACUGCUCUGUGGACUCUCACAUCACACCUGAACACACUGAAGAGGUUUCAUGGAAGAAAACAGAUGAAGAUGAAGAUAUUCUAGUUCUUCUGUACCAAAACAAUCAGACUUUUCCAGAUUCAUCACAUGAGAGAUACAGAGACAGAGUCGAGUUCUUCACUGCAGAAAUCCCCAAAGGAAACUUCUCUCUCAGACUGAAGAGUGUCAGAACUGAGGAUAAAGGAGUUUACAUGUGUAAAGUGUUUGCUGGAGGACUUUCAGCCAAUGCAACUGUUUUACUGGAGCAACUGGGUUUCUCGUCUCGGCACAUAGCCGUGUUGUUCUUCUGUUUCACUGCUGGCUCUGGAGCUGUGCUUCUGCUCUUCUCUCUGAUCUACUGCAGAUCAGAUAACACUGUUUCCACAAGCAACAAAAUCAGGAAACUUGAGCUUUAUUUGGUCUUUUGUCCAAACAUCUGUAUGUUCUUGGCCUUCAUCCUCUGGGGCUUUACUGAAGGAUUUCUAUAUGAGACGAUUUUUUGCUGUGCUCUUUAUAUUCUGAGGCCUCUGACAUUGAUUUAUGUUGCAUCAUAUUUAGAGAAGAUGUCAGGAAUCUACCUUCGCUCUGAAUUGUUUAUUUUUAUGAUGGUCUAUUUUUCAGUUCUUUUGAGUCGAGCUUGGGGAAAUAUUGGACAUUAUGCAGAGUCUGAAAAAAUAACACUAAUAGCUGUGUUUGUAGUCAUGAUUCUGCUCUUUGUCAUCAACUUCAUUUACUUGUUUACUGAAAUCAAGGAGAUGUCAUGUCGUGGAGAGAUAUGUGAAUGGAUAUGGAAUAAAUUAACCUUUAUAGCUGCAUUCAGCUUUUUCAUUCUGCCUUCAUUACAAUUCACCCUCCUGUUCAUCGCUUUCAGAGCCACUGGAGGAGGGUUUUUGAUCUCCAUCAUUUUCCCGUUCUUAUUUUUUCUGACAUUUACCUGUUUACCAAAAAGCCAAGAUAAAAGCUGUUCAAAUAUGCUCAAUGUAAUAUCGUGGAUGAUGGUCAUGUUUAUCAUGACUGCAGUAAUGAUGUAUUUCUACAUCGCAGCACUGAAAAAUGAAAAAGAUGGAGCAGGAUGGACAUGUACAGCUGUAUUUGUGCAAGUGCUGUGGAUGAUCGGAAUGUACAUUCAUAUUACUGAAGAUCUGGAUCUCACCAUUAAAAAGAUGCUGUUUGUGUUUGGAUCAGUUGGGGUUGUUUUACUGAACUCUGUUACACUGAUAACUGAACUGAUCCUGAAAACAGUUCAUGGAGAGCGUGUGGUGGACAUGAGAGUCGUCGUCUUCACCUCUGAAAGUCUCUUUGUGUUUUCUCUGCUGAUUUUACUCUUGUUUCAAUCCUGGAUUUCUGAUAUAAAGUGCCAGCAAUGUUGUCAGAAAGCAGCGAUGACUGAAUCAAACCAGAACCAGGAUUCACUGAAUGCAGCAGUAUCUGAUGAAGCUCCUGCCAAUGAAUCAAACCAGAUGCUUUAAUUAUAUGAACUCUCCUGAAGACUGAGGAUCUGGAGGCUGUAGGACUGACAUGACAGAAGAAACUCCCGAUUCAAUGGAAACACAGACGUGAUCAACAAUGAGAGGAAAGCACUCUUAAUCCAACAUUAUUAACAUUUGUUCAAACUCCCAGAAGCGCAGUUAUUUAAGAUAAGAGAUCAAACUUAUCCUUAAAUUGUAAUGUAGCUAUACUGUAUAUGUUUUAUUUUUUUACAUAUUUUUUUAUCUUGGCUUUGUAAGUAGCCUAACUAUAAAUAUGUUAAUUGUUGCAUCAAACUUUUUCUUUUCUUUCAUGUAGCCUAAUAAUGAUUUGUUUUUAAGACUAGCUGAUUCUAGCUGUAGAUGGGGUUUGGUACCGAAACCGGUACCUAGACCUGUCUCCUCGCUUUCAGCGCUCUUCAGUACGCAGACCGCAGCGGAGCAGCGUGAGUGGACUCAAACACAAACAGAGGACACAAGGUGUGUUUAUCGAACCGAUUGUAAAAUAUCUGUAUCUGUGCAGAUCUUUGUCAUAAAUAGAGUUUACAAAAGGUCACGAGGGAGCAGUCGCUUUCGCUGCGAUCACCGCUCAAUGAAAAUCUAGCCUUUAACACAUAUGAAUGGAUACUUUAAGUAUAUUUAAAUAAGUAUAAUUAAAUCAUAUUUACUUUAUACAUACACUACUGUGCAAAAGUCUUUGGCACGUUAGUAUUUUUAUUUAAAAGAUUGUUGUUCGGCCAGUUAUUUAUAUAUUUUGCUGAAGUGUGUCAGUAGAAAAUAUCAGUUUACAUUUCCAAAUAUUCAUUUUGAGAUCUGUGUGUUUCAGCUCUAUGGAGCCCUUUUGUUGCACUUGUAUUUGUGUUUCAGUUUACUUUUUUUGGCUUGGUUGUGUGGUUGCAAUAUGUUCAUUGUCAAACUCCAACAUAAGAUUAUAUUUAAUUCUUAAAAAAAAAAACACAUUUUAUUUUAAAUAAAUUAAUUUUAUUGACAAAAUAUUUGAG